AUUCUAACUCAAAAAGAAUUUGUUAAUAAUCAUAUUAGUUAUUAGAAUAAACAAAUUAAAUUCUUUUAAUUGAGAUAUUAUUUANUAUAUUUUUAGAGCUUUAAUAUUGUGGUAAUUUUAUGUAUGCUUAUUCGAUGAAUUAGAUUAUUAGUAUCAAAUAAUUUGGAAUAAAUUAUUAAAAGAUUUAUUUUGUAUUUUGAAAUGGGAAAAUUGUAAGCAAUAGUAAUAUAGCUAGUUUGAAACCAGGUCGUCUAGUAGUUAUGCUAGCUGGAAGAUAUGCAGGAAAGAAGGCUAUUUUGAUUAAAGCAAAUGAAGAAUCAACUAAAGUAAAUCAAAUAUCGAUUUAUUUUAGGAUGCAAAAUUCCCAAAUGGUUUAGUUGUUGGUAUUUAAAGAUAUCCAAGAAAAGUUACCAAGAGAAUGGGUUAAAAAUAAAUCAGAAAGCGAACUACUUUGAAAGUGUUCAUUAAAUAAUUAAAUCUUAAUCACAUUAUGCCAACAAGGUAUUCAUAAAUUGAUUGUUUUUAGAUACAGAUUAGAAGAAUCAACUUUAAAAGAAGUUAGAGAUAGAAUUGAAAGAGUUAAAGAGUCUGAAUUGAAGAAUGUUGAAAAAAGAAAGGACUUGAGAAAGAAUUUGAGAAAAUAUUUAGCUGAAAAAUAUAGAACAUUGCCUGCAGGAAGUUUGGCUGAUAAGAAAGCUCAAUCAAGAUUCCUUUUCUCAAAAUUGAGAUUCUGAUAUAUAUUACAUAAGUAUAAUAUAAAAUAAAGAAACGUAAACAUUUU